GUGCUGCGAUAUAUUCAAAAGCAGAGAUAUCUCUUCAGCUCAGUCUCGAGUGAAAGCUGGAGGGGGAAUAAUCAGUUUGUUUUCAGUUCUUUUUACUGGAAAAGUAUCUGCAUCUGCUUUGUCAGGCGAGCAGUGUUUGAAAGGAAAAAUGUCCUCUAUGUAUAGAAGCCUGCAUGACAAUUAUGUUUCAAACAAAGGGAGGUCGACCAGCUGUGUGACAUUAGCUGUGGUUUUGGGCUGUCUGACAAUCCUGGGGAUUUUACUUGCCAUCACUGUUCUGAAGAGACCUCCGCCGCCCAAAGACCAUGAGACACUUCCUCAGGACGCUGGUGGGGGAAAUUUCUUCACGGACCAGUGCAGCAUGGCCCUUGUGGAGAGCAUACCCCAACAUGUGAAAUAUAAAGCCAACGUAACGCUUGGGAUCCCUCUGGAACAGGUCUGGAAAGACCUGAUCUCCAUGGCAAUGGACCAGGUGGACGUGGCCUCUUUUUACUGGACUUUAACUGGGGAGGACAUCAACGUCAACUCUUCCUCUGACAGACCUGGAAAGGAAAUCCUGAGAGAACUUGAGGACUUGCCCUCCAGGAAUGUGUCCGUCCGGGUGGUGAGCAGUGUUCCCACAGUUAGAACCAACUCCACAGAUUUAGAGAUCUUAGAACAGAAAGGAGUUCAGGUUAGGAGGGUGAACUUCGGGCGCCUGACAAAAGGCGUCCUCCACAGCAAGUUCUGGAUCGUUGACAGUAAACACGUGUUUAUUGGAAGUGCCAACAUGGAUUGGAGAGCUCUCACACAGGUGAAGGAAUUAGGAGUGGUCAUCUACAACUGUUCCAGUCUGGCAAAAGACCUCCAGAAGAUCUUCCAGUCUUACUGGGAAAUGGGACAACCCAACAGCUCCCUGCCACUGCCCUGGCCCUCAAAGUACAACACUGACAUCAACAAACAUCACCCCCUGCUGGUGGAAGCUGAGAAUGUCUCCAGCAGAAUUUACCUCUCGGGUUCUCCGCCAUCAUUCUGUCCUCCAUCGAGGACUCAGGACCUGGAGGCUAUUCUCUCCAUCAUCUCAGAGGCUCAACACUAUGUUGAUGUAGCUGUCAUGGAGUACUUCCCCACCACACGCUUUGAAAGGCCUCUGAGAUACUGGCCGUUCAUCGACGAUGCCAUCAGGAUGGCUGCUUUCGAGAGGAAGGUCACGAUCCGGAUGCUGAUCAGCUGCGGGCGGGACUCUGAUCCAGCCAUGCUGCCCUUCCUUCAGUCUCUGGCCGCAAUGGACAGCCCUCACCAUAAUAUCAACAUUCAAGUAAAAUUGUACAUCGUGCCUGCAGGAAACCAUUCUGAUAUUCCUUACUCCAGAGUCAACCACAAUAAAUACAUGGUGACAGAUAAAGUAGCCUACAUUGGUACCUCCAAUUGGUCAGGGGACUAUUUUCUGACCACAGCUGGAGUGGGCCUGGUGAUUUCCCAGCAUGCUCCUCACUCUGUAUGGAAGACCAAGGCCCUGCAGAGCCAGCUCAGAGCAGUUUUUGACAGAGACUGGCACUCAGAGUUUGCUGUGCACCUCGAUGACCUGGGGCACCAACCAGACUGUGCUCUAUCAACGUAACAGAGGACUGAGGUUCCACAAAUAUAGAGACAAGAUAUAUUAUUAAGGUUGUAUUUGUGCGACAACUGUGCUUUAUGUUGGUUUUUUAUUAUCUUUGUGGUACCAUCUGUAUGUAGCAUUGACUGUUUGUUUUUUUUUGAUUUUAGAUUAAAUUUAGAUUGAAUGUAUUAUUUUGAAAUAUGCUGUAUAAUUAUUAUAUAUAUAUUAUUCAUAAACGUUAUGAUUAUUAAACAUGAGUAACCAUC